AUGAUUUUGACAACUCAUUUGGUCCGCGGCGGGUUCCAGCCGCGCCUUCCGACUUCGCUGCCGCCCCCAGGGCAGCAGCAGCAGCCGUCGCCGCUACCACGCCGACAGCCCGUCCCGUUGAUGCCUCCCGCGCAGCUUCAUCCGGGAGCGCCCCAGGUGCUCGCUCCGGCGCCUGCGGUCCCUCUUCAGUCGCCACCGCCUUCGGAGCUGAUGGACGUCGACCCCUCAGCCGGGCCGCCGUCUCAAGCGGUGGCUGUGCAGCCUGUCCUGCAGCCGCUUUCCUUGGGCACCCCCAAGGAGUCUGACACCGCAGCGCCUUGUCCGGCGCCCACUCAGCAGCCGUCGACGCAGCGUCAGGAGACGCUGCCUCUCUUCGUGGGUCCCGACGCCCCGUCGCGUCCAGUACCAGAAGCUGCGCCCGUGGUCACAGGCAAGAUGUUUCGCCGGUUUCGCCGGUGGCUGCCCUGCUGUACCACUGGGGAGGGGAGAGAGGCAGACGACCCGCCGGAGGAGAAGACCGCCCCUGGCCACCCACAGGACAGCAUGGAGGUGAGGGGCGACGUGGUGCCUGCCUUCUGA